ACCCCAAAAUAGGGUAGAUUAGUUUGUUCACUAAAAAAGGGAUAAAGAAUUUGAAUGUAAAGUUGUCAUUUCACCGUCUGUCUAGAGGGACAAAAUGAGAAAAAAAAUUGUUUUUACUGGGUGGCGUGCAUCUAUAUAAAGAUGCGGUUAACUCCUUCUCCGCUGGCUUCUUCUUCUUCCUCUCCUUGUGCAGCAGGUUGAUUGCUGUUUUUGUGCUUAUCUGGAGUGCAAGAACAGAUGGCAAGAAGCAGGGUUGGGAUCAAAGGAAGUAAUCAGAGAAGGAUUAAACAAAGAGACGAGGAUUCAGACGAAUCAGACGAGGAAUAUAAGGUGACCGAUGAGGAUUUGGAUGAGUCAGACGAAUGUUAUUCCUUAGAUGGUGAUGAAUCAGAAGAGAUAUCAGCUGAUUUCGGAAAGUCAAAGAGAGUUUCUAGAUCAAGAAAGACCCGGAGGACUUCUUCAGGUAAAAAGGUAAAUGGGAUUAAUAAGCCUCGGAAAAGAAGAAGAGUUUGUUAUACAGAAGAUGAUGAUGAUGAGAAUGAUGAUGAAGAUGAUGCAGAUUUUAUGCCUUGGAACAGAGAAACUAACCAGGUCAACAAGCCUAUGGAAAAGAAGAUAUCAUAUACAGAAGUGGAUGAUGGUGGUGGUGGUGAUGAUGAUGAUGAAGAUGACGAUGGUGAGGAAGAUGACUAUAAAGAAUUUGUGUUUUCGGUUGGAAACAGAAAACCGAGAACGAAGCCUCGGGAAAAGAAGAGGGUUGUAUAUACGGAAGACGAGGAUGGUGAUGGUGGUGGUGAUGAUGAGCAGGAGGAGGAGGUUGCUGAUGAAGAUGAUGCAGAAUUUAUGUCUUGGGACCGAGAAGUUAACCAGGUAAAUAAGUCAACGGAAAGGAAGCGGGAUUCAUUUACAGAAGUGGAUGAUGAUGGCGGUAGUGAUGAUGAUGGCGGUGGUGAUAAUGAUGGUGAUGAAGAAUUUGUGUUUUCAGGUAGAAGCAGAAAACAGAGAAAGAAGCCUCGGGAAAAGAAGAGGGUUGUAUAUACUGAAGACGAUGAGGAGGAGGUUGCUGAUGAAGAUGAUGCAGAAUUUACGUCUUUUGAUAGGAAAGCUAACCAGAUAAAGACACCUACAGCAAUAUGGAGGGAUUCUUAUACAGAAAAGGAUGAUGAUGAGGAGGAUGAUGAGGAGGAGGAUGAGGACGAGGAAUACUAUGCAGAAUUUGCGUCUUUGGGAAGGAAGAGAAACCAAAGAAAGAAGCCUCAGGAAAAGAAGGUUGUAUAUACAGAAGAUGAUGAGGAUGACGCCAAUGAUGAGGAAUAUAUGUAUUCAGGUAGGAAAGUAAACCAGAAGAAGAAUCUUUGGGGGAAGAGCGAGGUUUCAUACACAGAAGAAGAAGAAGAAGAUGAUGAUGAUGAUGAUGACGACGAUGAUGAUGAUUUGGGGGUUGUAUCUGCAAGUAGGAAGAGAAACCAGAUAAGCAAGCGCCGUGAAAAGAGGAUAGUUUCAUAUAAAGAAGACAACCAGGAAGAGGAAGAGGAAAGUGAUGCAGAAUUUAAGCUAAGUGAGAGUGAUUUUGUUGAUGAUGAAGAUGAAACUCCAAAGAUGAAGAAAAACAAAGGAUUGAGGUCUCAUCCACAGAAGAAGAAUGUUCCGAGAGGACGGAAAAAGAGCAAAAAAACAAAAAACCCCACAAAACCAAAACAACGGAAUCACAAAUCUGGCCCAAAGUUAGGUUCUUCUAAAGAGAAACCAAUCACGAACAAAACCAAGACGGAAAACCGAAGCAAGAUCUCUAAAAAACGAAAGCACAGGGCGGAUUGGCAGAGGGCAAUGGCGGAAUCUGAUUCCGAUUUCGUUAGUUCCGCAUCAUCUGAUCACGAGUACACCAUCUCAGAAGAAGAAAGAGAACAAAUGAGAGAAGCCAGCAUAUACUGUGCCAAUUUGCGUGCUAAAUUGAGAAGCUCUUCAUGUGGAAAUCAAGAAAAACAGCCAGCAUAUGAACAAAAGAAGUAUCCAAUGCGAAAAGGUAAGGAAAAGGUUGAAGACGUGAAAGACGACAUUGGAAAGCAAGUUUGCGGAAUUUGUUUAUCAGAAGAACAGAAGCGAACCAUGAGAGGUGUCCUAAAUUGUUGUCGCCAUUAUUUUUGUUUUGCGUGCAUUAUGGAAUGGUCUAAAGUUGAAUCUCGUUGCCCUCUCUGCAAGCAAAGGUUUACAACAAUAACAAAAUCCGCAAAGUCAGACACCGGUUUUGACUUAAGGACUGUCGUCGUAGCCGUUCCCGAGUGCGAUCAGGUUUACGAACCAUCUGAGGAAGAACUAAGGGGUUAUCUCGACCCAUAUGAAAAUGUGAUUUGUACCGAAUGCCAAAAUGGCGGGGAUGAUGCAUUGAUGUUAUUAUGCGACAUAUGUGAUUCAUCUGCACAUACUUUUUGUGUCGGUUUAGGACGGGAAGUACCUGAAGAUAAUUGGUACUGUGAGGGAUGUAGACCUACCGUUUUCGGAACCCUAAAUUCAGAUAGAAGAUUAAGUAACAACGCAUCGAAUUUAUCAUCACCAUCUCCAAUUCCUGGUGGUUUUGAUCUUAACGAGUUAUACGUACCCGAAACACCAUUAACGCAACAAACUAGGGUUCUUCCUGAACCUAACCCCGCGUCUUCCGGAACCGUAGCAACCACAUUAAGAGAGAGACGAAGAUUACAUCGUCAAAGACAUCAUCAGUUGUUAAAUAGCAAUAGAAUGAAUGAUUUAGUUGGUAGAUCUAGUGGAACAUCGGCUUCUUCUUCGGGAAUUAGAUUAUUUGGCUCCCAACUCGAUCAAGCUCGGGUUUCAGUUUCUCAAAAUGAUCAUAUUUUUCCUUAUUCAAGAACAGAUCAGUUAUCUGUACAAGUACAAAAUUCAAAUUUGGCUUCUGCUGAUGUGGCAUUGCAAGAUGAACAUGUGGCAUUGCCGGAAUACAAGAUGGGUAUCUGCACCGAUCCGCCUGUGCACUAACAAUUCAAGCAUAAGAGAGGUUAUCGGACCCUCUUGAACAUGGCAAGGCGGUCUAUGUGCACCAUAUUAACCGCAGGCGACCGGGUUGUUACAGUGGUAAUUGCGGUAAGCUUGCUGAUAAAGUGAUUGACCCCAAAUUUAUUUUUCUGUUCAACAUUACCAUUCUUAUAAUUUUUCUGAUGCAAUCAAACUAUUUGAAUGUAAUUUAAAAGUUGUUGGAGAAAGUAUUAAGCAUCUCCAAAAGAAAAAAAAGAUGUUGGUAAUUUGAUACAGGUUUCAUGCCCAA